AGCUGGAUUCAGUAUUCCGCCGCUCGUCACCUGCGGUCAUACUGAUUGCAACUUCCCAAAUUUCUUACAAUAAUCCAAUGAAAAUUAAAAAACAUAUUUUCGUACCUUUAAUGCAAUAAUAUGUGCAUUUUGAAGCAUGCCGAUUCAGGCUCCCUCAUGGACAGAUUUUCUGAACUGUCCCAUCUGCUGCAAUGAAUUCGCGGCCAGCCAGCGAUGUCCGGUCAGUCUGGGCUGCGGGCACACCAUCUGCAAGCUAUGCCUGACGACCCUCUACAACCGGCAGUGUCCCUUCGAUCAGACCGUGAUUGUCAGUGACAUCGACAAUUUGCCCAUCAACCAUGCCUUGCUCCAGUUGGUCAAGGACUCGGAGCUCCUCGAGCUGGCACCACCACCGCCCAGUGUGCAGAAGCUGGAGCCGGAGCACCUUAAGUGUUACCAACUGGGUCAGCGGUGCAUCGAGGAGCUGGCUUUGCACUUGAAGUCCUUCCUCAACCUGAACGGAAAUGGCAAUCUUCUAACUCGACCCAUGUUACGGAAACUGGUUACUCUGGUCAACUGCCAGCUGAUGGAGGAGGAGGGACGGGUGAGAGCGCUUCGAGCAGCCAGAUCCCUAGGCGAACGCACAGUCACCGAGCUGAUCCUGCAGCACCAAAAUCCCCAGCAGUUGAGCUCAAAUCUGUGGGCUGCAGUGCGGACAAGAGGAUGCCAGUUCCUUGGACCCGCCAUGCAGGAGGAGGUGCUCAAACUGGUGCUGCUGGCCUUGGAGGAGGGAUCAGCGCUUUCGCGCAAAGUGCUGGUCAUGUUCGUCGUGCAGCGACUAGAGCCGAAGUUUCCCCAGGCCUCCAAGACGAGUAUCGGACAUGUGGUACAGCUGCUCUACCGCGCCAGCUGCUUCAAGGUGUCCAAGCGGGAGGCGGACUCGUCGUUGAUGCAGCUCAAAGAGGAAUUCCGUACGUAUGACGCCCUACGCCGGGAGCACGAUGCCCAAAUCGUUCAGAUAGCCACCGAGGCGGGUCUGCGAAUUGCACCGGAACAAUGGUCUUCCCUAUUGUAUGGCGACGUGAUGCAUAAAAGCCACAUGCAGAGCAUCAUCGAUAAGCUGCAGACGCCAAGCUCCUUUGCGCAAUCAGUCCAGGAAUUGGUCAUCGCCUUGCAGCGGACCAGCGAUCCUGCGAAGCUAUCCAGUUUGCAUCAUCAUCUGAAGUACCUGGCCAAUAUUGAUCCCUGUGCGGAGGUUGCCCCGUGGUCGGUUUUGGCUGAGGCCUUGGAUGCAGUGCGGCAUUCGGUCGUUGGACUGGUGAACUUCCUUCAGCACCACGGAGUGCGCAAGGCGCAGGACGGCAUCAGUGGCGGUGGCAGUGGUGGGACGACCAAUAGCAAUCCGAAGUACAAGAUCAGCUUAUGCAGGGACUUGAAUGUGCGGCGGGUGUGUCCCCGAGGUUCUAGCUGUACCUUUGCCCAUUCCCAGGAGGAGGUAGAACGCUAUCGUGCACGGAAUCGAGGAAAACAUAUGAAGACACCGUUGGCGCUGCAGGGACCUCCAGCGGUAGGCGUAGGAGCCAUAAAGAAACCACUAGGCGAGCAGGAGGGACCGCCUCUAGGUAACAUGCCACCCAUGUUACCUAUGUCGCCUAUGCAUUAUAUGGGCUCUCCUAGGGGAUAUCUGGAUCCCAGCUUGGGACUUUCGCCAGGUGGUGGUCUCCCGCCGUCGCAUCACAGUCCCAUUACCAGGCUCAUAGUGCCGAGCCGCUACGAUUCGCGCUUUAGCGGGUUUGGCGGUGGCACGCCCAGGAUUCCUUCGCCCAGAGAAUACCAAGCCAAUCCGGUAGCGCCAACGCAACGCAAUGCCAACCCACCGAAUUUUAGUGUGAACAGUAACCUGCACAAGGGCUACAUGUUGCCCGCCAGCGGUGGAGAUGUCUUCCAUCUGGCCAAUCCGUGGGAGCAAGCAUACCUGGCACAGCAGCAACAUCCUCCACAGCAUCCCCAACAGCAGCAGCCACCGUCCAGCAAGCCGAAUCCCAGCCGACCGUUGUCGAUUUUACCCGCAACAGCUGAUACCUCAUUUUUUGAAAAGAAACCGCCGAAUAGUGUUAGCAUAGAUCUGGACAGGGUCCCGGAGGUCAAUGUGGAUGCAGUGCCUCUGUUCCGGCGAUCCAACAAUAACCACAAUAACAACAAUAGUAACUCCCACAAUAACAACAACAACAAUCAUGGCUCAUCACUGCUGUUCUGGAACAAUACGGGUAAAGAUUCAGCCAACUUUGUACGAUCAGACUCCAUAUUGGAUGACGAUGCGUCCACAUUCGAUGUGCCCACUGGCUCCUCCAUGCUGAGUAUCUACGGCCCGAUUUGCCCCAAGAGCAGUACGACCGGCAACUGGAACAACUUUGAUCUGGGAUAUGGCGGCUUCAAGAGUGACAGAAACGAUAGCUUCAAUGCCAAUAAGCAGCAACAGCCGAUGUGGGGCAGGAAACCGCAACUGAUGUCGGAAGACAGUUUCGAGGGCGGCAUCGAUAGUGGAAUGAUGCUGCAGCUGGAGAAGAAUCUGGUGGACAUCGUCGAUCCCGAUGACAGUGGGAUCAAGGUGGACUAGGAGCUGCAGACGGGCCCACUCAGCCAGAGGAUAUUUCUAUAUAGGUGUUUAUAUAUAGAUCGAAUGGGCGGGAGAGAAUAUGUAUAAUGCAAUCAUUUUACACAUCGUUAGAGGUUUGUACCGCACAGUUCAAACUUUGCUAGAAUUUCAAAAGUAAUUGUAGUUAAAUCUGAUCCGAGCGAUCCGUUAUUGGAUCGGAGCCAAAACAAAAAAAUCAAUUGGGUUGGGUACCGUCUAUUAGAAUCUAUUAAAUAAUUGUCUAAUUAGUUCAUUGUUCAAAUUUUGUGGAAAUGUGUUACUCAUGUUCGUGUUAUGUUUCAGAUUCGGGGUUUGUGUCUAGCACACAUAGCGAAAAGUAAGAGCAAACAAAAAUAAACUCAACCUAGAUUGUAAACUAUGUGUGUAGCCUAGAAUUCAGCUCAGACUCGUAGAUCCGUAGGAAACCACAAAAGAGGCGAAUGAUCAAGAGUGAUGAGGAUGCGGAUGAGAUAUGCAAAUGCUUGUUGAGAUCGGGCAACAUCCAGUUUUGUAUAGCAGCGAAGAUUUUAAAGCAAUUUUCUGAGAUGAAAUAGAGAUACUGUGCACUAAUUAACUGAAUCAUGAUCACAAGACUUCAAGAUCUAGGCAGAACUUAUAUUCUUAUCCAAAAUAGUGUGUUUGUCAUCCCCCCUCCUGAUUGUUUGUGAUCAAAUUUUGAUUGAUUGUGUAACGCUGUAAACAUAGAUAUAAAUUUAUAUAUUUUUUUUAAUUAUUAACUAUUUCAAAACGCUAUUUUUAUAUAUACAAAAUCAGUAGGGCUGACAAGGACCUAAAAAUCCUAUCGCUCUCAAAAACACAAUCACACACAUACACCAACACGCAUACAUACUGAGCCACAAGGACACGAACGAUCAUUUGUAUGUGUGUGAAAUGAAUGUUUAUAUUUCUUAAAGAAAUUUUAAUAACGCUAUUGUGCGAUGUUGUUAACUAUUGUACUAUAUAUUAUUAAAUUUAUUGAAAAUAAAUUAAAAUCACGUCCCAUUUUCCCCUUUUUGUAAACUGUGAGAAGAGUGAAGUACAGGAGAAUUGACAAACAGGAAAUUAAAAUGUCAGUCAGGGCUUUGAGAACAUUUACACAUACCUACUCUACGCAAAUAUAAAUUUGUAUUUAUAUCUAGAAACUAAUCAAUUGUGCGCUCUAUUAUUAAUAUUAUAUAUUAAUGUCAGUUGAGCCUGCGUUUUGCUUUCAAGACUUUGUACAUCAGUUUGAUUCGAAGCAAAAGUGAGAAAGAUUUUGUAACUUGUAUUUGUUAAGCGAUGAAAUCAGGAACCCUAUAUAUAUAACAACGCUUGGUCAUAGAGGAACAUAACAUAUAUAACUUUACAAAUAUAUUUAUUGUUAACGAGUUUCGAUGCCGUGUGUGUAGUAGAAUCCAUGUAAAAAUAUAUUCCUCAUCUCGGGGAGUGCGUGUUCAGUUGUGAGCUAGUUAAAAUUGAUCGAAGCAAUUUUAAAAAAACAAAACAUACAUACAUAUAUGUAAAUGUAAUUUCCUACUACUCAGAAACUAAAGCAUUCAGUGUAUAGAAGCGAAUCGAGGGAGCUAAUUGGAUUUCCCAAAUUCAUUUGCUCCCUGCCAAACGCAAAAAAUAUAAAAGAAGAAGUCUGGGCGGAUGGUCGUUCAACUGCGUACUUAAGUUCCAAUUGAGAUCCAGAUACGGAUUCAGAUCCAGAUUUGGCGAUAUCCGCUCAGACUUUGGCUGUGGUGAUGAUGAUUUUUUUGUAGCUUAAACCCAAUGGGUUCAGUUCAUAGUAACGUAUUUGUUGAGUUGAGUUUUGUAACUUUAUAAUUUACAAUCAGUCCAGCAACCGCCAAGUUCCCCCAAACUCCAAUAUUUCAAGGCUCUUUUUUUUUUUAAACAGAUCGUGCCGAGCAAUUCACACAUACACACAGACAUUUUCUAUUUACACACACUUAUUUAAAUGCAUAUAUAUAUAUAUAUUUACACAUACAUAUGUUAAUUAAAUGUAUUUUUGGUAUUAUCACUCAAUGUUUCUACGCUAAGCAAAUUUCGAGUUCUGUUAAUCAAAGUGGAAAAAAGUAUGCAAAAAAAAAACAAAUUAUUUAUUUUAUUUACCAAUAAAUUUUCACAAAACUUUAGUUGUCAUUAUUUCUGUCAUUAUUUUAAGUUAACGACGAAAGAUAGAUAAAUGAUGAAAGAUGAUGUGCGAAACAUAUCAGAGCGAAGAAAGCAAACGAGAAACUUAAACAAAUAACCACCAGCAGAGUAUAACGAACUAAGAACACCAACAGCAACCACCAGAUAGGAAAUUUAAUGGAAUACAAUACGAGAUCCUAUAGUUAACGCAACUAGUUACAGACAAUCCGCAUAACUUAAUAAGAUAAACGUAAAUUUAUGGUUAAAUACGGUACCGAUAGUAGGCGCUUCUGUUCCUCAACCUAGGGUUAGUGACGCAAAACCAACCGACCAAGGUCGCACAGAUACUUUGCCGACGACUUUGCAGUAGCUCAGAUCCAAUAAGUCUAUUAUAACCUGCCAGGAGAUUGCUUGUCGAGCCACCCACACAGUGAGAUCAGCUCCUCGACAGAACCCAGCACUGCAAGCGAGUAAUCUUAGGUAGAUAGUUAGCCAGGGCGACUCCCUUUCAGCGCAUCCAAUGUGUUGUGGUGAGGACAAUAGGAUACUUUUAGUUUAAACGACCGCUAUCCAAAAGUCGAAGCUCAAUAGAUGAGCACAAGAGUCCUGGAAGGUUAAAUCUCACCACGUCUCUGCAAACGAACCGCUGCUGUUUUUGGUGUAAUUUAUAAGUUGAAGACCCUUGAAUUGUGAUGAUGUGAAAUUUACAGUUAACAUGCGAAACUAAUCCCAGUUCAAUGGGAACGAACAAAUGUCUUUAUAUUAAAUGCUAAUUGAAACUAACUAUAACGAGUAUAAUAAUGUAUCUAAAUACACACACUUAACGCCAUUGAAAGGAUGCAUCUGAGGGGCGUAUAUUAUUGUAUCAUAGAACUAUGUAAGCAGAGAUUGUAUUUUACAUGCAAAAAACCAUUCACCAACGAGAGGAACUUGCUUCUACUUCAAGAGAUCUCCGAAAUACCUUCGGGUCUGUCCAUGGUCAUGAUACCCCAGAAAAGAAGAACAGUUUUCAGAUUAUAUUUUGAAACUUUAUGAGGUGUAUUUUAAAUUACCUAGAACCUUUUGUUCUAACCAAUUUAAUUGCUGCUGGCAGCUUGAAAACUGGGAACUUCGAACUAUGAAACUGUACUAUACAGAUAACUUAUCUACAAAAGCUAUCAUCAUAAUGAUUUUAUUUUCUUUUUUAACUUUAGAUUCCUCAUUUUCUAGGGUAUCCAUAGUUUCGGACCACCGAAAUCAGACAUCUCUUCUAGUUUUGUUGAAUGUUAAUCAUCGAUAAAAUGUAUGUUCUUGGAUGUGCUGAAUAUGUAUAUUUAUCUUCAAAAUUCAUUGUAAAUGUUAGAUAUGAAAAACCGAAAAACCAAAAAACUCGAAAGCAAAAUAAAAACAAACUCAAUUUUGUGUGUGUAUGCCUGCAAUUUAAAUAAACGAAAUUUAUUCGAAUUAU